CCUCUAGCAAGUACGAUUCCCGCCCGAAAAUUCCAUGCUUCCUCCCCAGGUCACAAUAAGUAACAGAACACGCCCGUUCCCACGAGAGAGAGAGAGAGAGAGAGAGAGAGUCCUGAAGCGUGAGAAGGUGCCACCCAGGGUUUCUUUUGGAUUCUGCAAAGAAUGAGCAUCCAAGAAUCUUCAAUGGCGUACUUGAAGUCGAAGUUUGUAGUUUCCACCAGGCCCUGUCAGAAGGCUGUGGAAGAACUUCCUCAAAAGUAUUUAAUCCUUACUUCUCUGCGCAGUUUCCCUAAUAAUCUUCAAUUCUUUUCGCAAGCGUCUCGCAUCCGAGGAGAAAUGGCUGUUCCAGAAGUAAACAUGAGAUUGCUUGGUGAACUUCAAGAAAUGGGAUUUCCGCUGGCUCAAGCAACAAGGGCACUUCAUUUUUCCGGCAAUUCCAGCAUUAUCGAUGCUAUAAAUUGGCUUGUUGACCAUGAGAAUGAUCCGGACAUAAAUCAGAUGCCCUUGGUACUGCCGCCGUUGCUUUGCCAAGGAUGCACUCAUACACCCCGGUCUGGUAGGGAGACUGUAAAAAUGGCGGGUAAUCUUAAGGUUCCUGUGGACAUUGAUAUUCAGACCUCUGAUCCGUCUCAAAUAACAGAAGAAGUGAAGUUAAAAGCAGAGGAAUUAAGGGACCAAAGGCACAAUAAGAAAGAAAAGGAAGAGAAGAAACUGGAAAGAGAGAGAGAGAAGGAGAGGAGAAGAGCAGGUAAAGAACUGCUUGAGGCAAGGAGAGUUCAGGAAGAAAAUGAAAGAAAGCGCUUUUUAGCCUUGUGGAAAGAAGAGAGAGAGCAAAAGAAAAGAGAAAGGGAUAUAAUUCGGCAGAAGCUAUGGCAAGAUAAGGCAGAAAGAAGGCAGGGGCUUGGAGUGCCUGCAGAAGUUCUUCCACCUAUUGAAGAAGCAUCAGUCUUGAUGCAUGAAAAAAAUGGAUCACAGCCUUCUAAGUCUGCUAUAUUGCCUGUAUCUGCGACAAAGGCUGACCUCAUGAGAGACUGUUUAAAAUUUCUGAAGCGCAACAACAUGGCUGAUGAAAUCAAAGUGAGGAGAGCUUUCCAAACUCUUCUAAUUUACGUCAGAAAUGUUGCAAAGAAUCCUGAUGAAGAAAAGUUCAGGAAGAUACCCUUCAGCAAUCCAGCUUUCCAGGACAGAGUGGGGAACAUGAAGGAAGGCAUCCAAUUUCUUGAACUUUGUGGCUUUGAGAUAGCUGAAGGAGGCAAGUUUUUGUUUCUUCCCAAAGACAAGGUUGACAUGGAAGCGUUGAAGAUAGCUGGGACCUUGUUGAACUCUGCAAUAACUAAUCCAUUCUUUGGACUUCUUUCUAGGUGAAGAGAAUGUAAAACAUAUGUGAUAUGUCCUGGGUUAAUGACAUAUGAAAUGUACAAAUUGGGAAGCUGUACCUACUGAAAAAUUUAUUGUUCUUUUAUGUGUUGAUGGGAAUCUUUGCUAUGUUUAAAGUUUAUACAUGCAAAGGGCCUGGCAAUCUAGAAUAUCUCAUCUAUUUUUUUCUUUUCCACUUGGUUGUUUUAACCUUGUUUCAAUUUAUUAAAAUACUUUUUUGUGUCAUCUACGUGUCAAUGCUUACUGUUGAAUUUCACCUUUAGGAAAUGGCAGGAUGUGUGACCACUUAUCUAUCUUCGAUCUUUUAUACAGCUUGUUGCAAUGAACUAGACACUGUGUCCUCUUGAUUAUGUAAUGUUUCUUUAUCCAGGUAAAUGUAUUAUUAUUAUUAUUAUUUCUUUUUUUGGGUUGGGGGGGGAGGGUAGACUUGUGGGUCAGUUUAAAGCUCUUCUUAACGCUGAGGCAACAUCCCUGGAAUUUACAGGAAAAGGAAAUACCCCCACCUUUGUCAUCUAUUCCAUACAUCACACUAAAUAAAUAUCAUGUUCAUGGGAUACGAUUCACUUUCAAGAUGCCUUGGUGGUGAAAUUCUCAAAUCAUAAUACAUUUUGUUUUGAUGUUUCCAGAUGUAUUUGUCAAAUUGUGGUGUCACCUGGGUUGCUGUAAAUGGAGUUGAAUCUACUACAACUAUGCUUGGAUUUGUGCCAUCAUUGAUAUUCAAUUCAACAGAAUGGCAUACAUCAGGUACCGCUUACACCUGGAGUUGUUUUGAAGAGGAUCUGAUAGGUGCUCAAAUAUCUUGAGUUGCUGCAAGACAUUUUAUAUCUGCUUUAUUACCUACUACACUCCAUGCUGGGAAAAAGCAAAGCCUAUGUGAAAAAUUGCAUUGAAGCUUGUUUUAAUUUUCCAUCAUUAUUCUUUGACAUGUCUUAAUUUGAUCGUGAGGAAGUUCCAGACAGAUGUUAAGGCCA